AUGGCCGCUGGAGCCAUUUUAAAGACGACGGGAGCCGUCAUAACGAUCGCUGUGGCCAUUUUCAUCGGCACAGGUCUGUACUAUAUGCUGACAGGCCAAGGGCACAGAUUUGAUAUUGGAUGGUUCCUGACUGAAACAUCACCUCAUAUGUGGGCCGGUUUGGGUAUCGGGUUCUCACUAUCAUUGUCAGUACUGGGCGCUGGAUGGGGUAUCUUCACCACUGGUUCGUCUAUUCUUGGUGGUGGAGUCAAGGCUCCGCGUAUUCGAACAAAAAACUUGGUUUCUAUUAUUUUCUGUGAAGCUGUGGCUAUUUUCGGGAUUAUUAUGGCAUUCGUGUUUGUAGGGAAAAUGGCGGAUUUCCGACGUGAGGAUUUAGAUUUGUCCCAACCUAGUCAACAAGCUAUUUUGGCUCGCAAUUUGGCCGCUGGAUACAUGAUCUUUGGCGGUGGUCUUACCGUUGGAUUCAGCAACCUCGUAUGUGGUUUGGCUGUGGGAAUAGUUGGAUCUGGUGCAGCCAUUGCCGAUGCUGCUAACCCGGCGUUGUUCGUGAAGAUUUUGAUUAUCGAAAUUUUCGCCUCUGCUAUUGGUCUAUUCGGAAUGAUUAUUGGUAUUGUACAGACGAAUAAAGCAACGAUGGGAAAUAAGUAA